GUGGUAGUGAAUUUUGACGUGCGAUUGGCUUACUACAUUUUGCAGAAAUAAUGUAAAACAGUAUUAAGAUAAGUCUUCGGUUUUGGAUUUAUUAUAAACAAUAUUAAAGUAAUUCAUUGAUCAUACUUAGUUAGAUAUUAAAGAAUGUAUUGACGCUAUUUUUGAAGACGAUAAAAUUAACUUCGACCAUGGGGGACGGACAAGAUAUGGAAGACUUUGAAAUGCUUAAAGCAUUGUACGAUUUUGAAGCAACAUUAGCGAAAACUUUAAGUUUUUGCGAAGGAGAAUAUUUUUAUUUGCAACAAACCAACACUAAACAGAGGAAUUGGUGGCACGUUAUUAAUAGAAAAGGCCAAGUGGGUUUUGUUCCUUCAAAUUACGUAGCUGAGGUCAAGGUUGACCCUGAGUACUUUCUGGGAUUUUUAAAUGAUUGCAUUAAAAGUUUGAGUGAAAAUCCAGCAAUGUCCCAAAAACAAGAAAUAGUAGUUAGACUGAAUGAAAAGAGGAAACAAGUUCAGUUCCUAGUGAAACCCCACAAAAAGCAGCAAGCUCCUAAGCCUCCACCUCGCUUGGAUGAUCACACGCCUCCUAAUGGGGUGUCUCCAUGUUUUGACCUACGCCCUGUGGUUUCCCAGCAAUAUAUUAGUGAAGAAAAAGAAUCUCCAACAAAAUCUCUAAGUGACAGUAACUGUAAAGAAAUCUUGUUGACAGAUGAAGAAAAAAUUAAGGAUUUGAAGCCAACAUCUAAUCAAGUGUCGUCUGAUACUGAUAAUCAAGAUGACAGUCAAGACAGUAGCGAAAGUAUUAAACCAAAUGCUAUAUAUGAAAUAGUGCAGGCUGUGAGAAGGGAGACCCAGCUGAGCCAUGAAAUGUCUCGAGUGGCUGUUGAAACUGUACUUACAUCUCUUCGGGAAUUUCUCCCUGGUGGAGCAGCUAGAUCCAUCAUUGAUGCACUUCUUAGAGAGGCAAAUAGCAACAUUACCUGUCCCAAGAAUGCAAUAGAUGCGGCACCUGAUGCAUUGAGGAUGAUGACGGCUUUGAACUCCUUGUCGAAGGCAGCCAAUGAUGCCCAGCAGAGAGGAUGGGCAUUACAUGAUGAUGCACAUGACAUUCAAACUCAGCUUUUGGAACUUAUAUCUGUUAUGUCAAAUGCAGAUGUGAAUAUUUCCCAGCAUGUGCUAAGCAGUCACCGUUAUGCAUAUGUUUCAACCCUAGUCCAGUAUUACCAGAUGGAGACCCGAUGGCCUUUACGACAACUGCUGUUACAGGCUUUCGGUGUAAUGUGUGGGUUAGAGCGAACCGCUUUGGCUACGUUAGCCCUGUCCGCACUUCCGGCGGAAAUAGCCCGCGACAUACGUGACAACCCUCGCGCUGUCAGUCGCCUGUCACAUUCUGCUCUUCUGCUCUCUAUGGUCUUGUCUAUGGGGGAUACGCUGCCGAUCACUCAUUUCGAUCAACUAGGCGUCGAAUUCGCUCAAUUUUUACUAGAAUUAAUAGAGAAUCCACCGGAAACGGACGUAGACGAGCAGAUACCGGAUCUCUUUCUCACUCUCCUCCUCGCGUACAAUCUGCAAUUUGAAAAUCCCUUCGAAAAUAUGUUGCUCAACGCUCUGGAGACGAUCGACAAUGCCAAGACGUUUUGUGAGAAGAUCCUUUUGCUGCUUAAUCGUGAAGAGGAUCCGGUCCGUAUAUUCGACCACGAGCCGGCUCCGCGUCACUCCGUCCUGAAGCUGGCGAUAGACGUCUUCAGCCGUAAGAAGACCGCAGAACAUUUCUACACGAACGACGUGAAGGUGGCGAUCGACAUCAUCGUGCGCCAAUUGGCAGAUUUGUCGGCUGGAGAUGCGCGUCGCGAACAUUACCUGCGGAUCCUCCAGGGCAUAAUCCGCAAUACAGAAUAUAGCAGCCAUUUGCACCGCAGAGACGAUUUGCUCCGCUGUUUCGCCAGGAUCUUCUGUGAGGAAGGGGAAUGCAGCAGAGAAGACCAGGUCCUAGUCAGGGCCAUCUCUAACGAGUUUCCCCAGUUCUUUAAAGCCUAAGGUAGCUUGAAUCUAGCGCUUUUCGAAAGCUUUCACGUGCUCCAACAGAUCCGACAACUUAUCCGGGUUUACUCGGACCGAGUAUUCUCGCAUUUAUAUGGUUACUCGGAGAUUUAUUUAUAGAUAGUAAAAUUAUGAAUUUAUCUGCCUUUUUUCAAUUUAGUUUGGUAAAGUAGUCACCGAGUGUAAUUGAUCAGAGCAGUAAGCUUACUCGGUAACCUUAGUUGGGAUUUUAAUUAUUUGUAUUAUAAUAUAUACUUUGAAUUUCAAUUCUAACCAAGUUAGCCAGUUAUGUGGUAGUCUUGCUGGUAUUCCAACUCACUCGGUCCGAGUAAUCGUGACGUCAUAGUGCCAAAAGAUUUCACUAAAGAGUUUCAUUCGAGGCCUACAUUGCCAUAUUAACGUAGUCGGAGGGUCGGGGUUUAGACCUGUAGUUUUACUUAAUUACCCUAAUUAUUAUGUAGAAUUGUGAACAGUUUCGUUAGAUCAAUGUAAUACUUAUGAGGUAAAUUUGUGAAACUAAUUUCAAAACGAAACAUUUAUUCUUCGGCUUAAAUUAUUCUUCAAUAUUUAAACUGUUUCUUGUAAUUGCCUAAAAAUAAUGGAUGAAACUUAGGACAAAUUAGAUUUGCUAUAUUCUGUAGGUACUUAUAACAGGAAUAUAUCGUUAAAGCAUUAGCUUUUAUUACUACUUCUAAAUUUAUUUAUUUUUUGAAGAGUUAUGCUAAACAUAAUAAUAUCCAUUUUUUGGUUAAGCAGCGCUUUUCGAGCGUAUUUUCAAUUAAAAGCACGAAAAUUAAUCAUUCUAAUGGAAUUCGUGUUGUAAAUUACGAAAAAUCUCUUUUAAGCUGUCAAAAAUUGACAUAAGAGUCACUUGUACUGUCAAAUUUUCCUCUUUUCAUUAUUCUCUACUAUAAUACUAAUGACAUUAAACUUCGAAGACCAUCUGUUUUGACAGUUGACAUUUGUCAAAUUUAUUUCUUUUUCAGACCAAUUUAUACUUGACAGUAGAACAAGUAAAUAGAUACUAUAUUUUCUCGUAGUAUGGCCUAAAUUGAUAUUUUCGGAUUCCUAUAGUCAGUAUAUAGAUAGGUAAAUAAGACAUUAAAUUAAAAAAUAUUUUAAAUAUCGGCCUGUGAAAGUUAAAUAAUUAAAUCUAAAAAUCAGGAAUGUUUUAUUUUUCCUGGAUGUGUUCGAAAAUAGUGAGAGAUUUAAUGAAAUAUAUGAUUAGAUAUUGGCAAAUAUAUAAGUAGAUAUUUUUUCUUCUAACGGCUAGGUAAAGAUAUAUUAUCUUAUCUCGAAUAAACUAUUGAUUCGUAGUACAUGCAAUUAUUAUAUUUAAUUUGUAGAAUUAGAUUUUCAUUGCCUUACUGCAAAUGUGUCAUGGGCUGUGUAUAUUUAAAUAUUCUUCGAUGUGAAAAUACAAAAUUAUUAUAAAAUAUAGAGAGUGAUGUGGAAUUUAAGAUAAUGUUGAAUCUCAAAACUUUUAAAUUGCGUAGUAAACAGUUGAAGCGGAUUAAAACGCGUUUAUUUAUCCAUUUAUAUCCGAUAUAAAUGUGACGUUAGGUUAGGUGUUUUUUAGGGUUCAUAUAGAGAGCGCUAAGGUCUAUAUGUCAUAUACAUGGAAGACUCCUGAAUGUUACCCUGGUGGCAUAUAUGAUAAACGCGUUUUAAACCGCUAAAAAUUGUAUUUCUUUAAUCGUGUGAUAAAUAUUAUAAAAUAAGUUUUAAUAAAAUAUUACAAAUUUGCUUGUUUGCGAGUAGCACAAAUUGCGGCAUUUAUCAUUACCACCGUUUUCAUAUAUUUAAGAAUUUUAUCUAGUCUAUAAGUAAUUCUUGUUUAUUUUCUAUAGUCUAAACGAAUCUGCCCGCUACCCCGCUCCAUACCUUGUUAGGACCGUGUCAGACGCAGAAGUAGGUAUCGGUGAGAAUAUUGUUCAUUGCCGAUCUAAUCAGUUGUUUCACUGUCUUAACCCCGGCAUUAAAUAUCCAAGAGAGGAUGUUUCGUGGGCAAGAUUAGCAUUUACCCGCAAUUUUGCCCUUCAUCAUGGUCUGUAAAUGGCGAUAGAGAAGAACUUGACGGUUUGUAACUUCUGUCCAAUCCGAUCCGCUGAAUUCUACGAUAAAUCCACAUCUCAAAAGGCCGCUAGUUUUUGCCAGAACAAAUAUUAUCGCCAGGCCGUGGUGGUAUCAAGACAAUCGAUUGAAACACAGGAAUAUAGAGAAUGAUAAAUGCAUAAGAAUCAGACAAUUUCUCUCUGUAACAUAAUGCUUUUAUAUUUAAUAAGUAUACGGCUAUUGUGGCCGCUUCCGUGACUGACACGUUCAUAGCACGCUCGUAUGAGACGAUGGAGUGGGCAAAGACAUCGCGUUAUUAAAAAGCUUAUAAAUGGUUAUAGUCUAUAAAAAUCAGCCUGUUUUUGUGUUACAAGAAUGUGCUUCAGUUAAUUAUAUUGUUGUAAUGUAAAGCGUGUUUUUGCAAUGGGCCUAAUUUAUGCUUAAUUGAAAUAGAACUCAUAGUUCAAACUGUAAUUUACGAAGACCCGUGUGAAACUAGUGGUGAAGAGUGUGUGUCUGUACUGGGUGUUCGUGGGAUCUAAUCUAUUUUGAGAUUUUUUUCUUACUUUUACGGAAUUAAUUCGAUUUGUGGAUAUUUUUUUUUUUUUACUAGAUUGAAGACGUGUCGGGGCAUCGUAAAAAUUUAAUAUAUUACACGGAUUUGAUUUUCGCCUCUUUAUGUCGAAUUGUGUUUCUCAAAAGAACUGUUAAAACGGUUUAACUUGACUGUCUUCAAAUAAGAAAUUAAAAAAUAACAAUUCUACACGAUUUUUUAGUAAGGGGAUAAAUUUCGGUCAUUUCUUUUGAAUUGAUUAUAAUAUGAACACAAACUUUGAGUCCUAUUUCACUAUCAGCUUAUACGUUUUAUUGUACAAUAUUAUAUUUUUGUGUAUAGAGUUGAUGUCUUCGUGAUAUAAAAAUAAUUAUUUUCAUGUUCAUUACCGACCAAUAUUCAGGGUUUGAAAUUAAAAAUAUUUUCCGAUCAAAUUAGAGUACUACAAGUAGUUCAAAAUUAUGUAGAUAUAGCGAUCUCGAUAAAUCUUUAAGAAGCUUACGUUUAUGUUAUGCAGACAUAAGUAUUCUAUGUUAUAUAUAUUUACUGGUAUAAUCACAACAGUUUGUUUAGAUAUGAGUUGAUUUAUAAAUAAAAAAACGGAUUUCAGUUUUGUUAAUGAUGCUAAUUUUUAUGUACACGCAUCAAACUAUGACAAGUCACUAUAUUAUCUUUUUAUUUAUAAUAGAUCAAUCAAUCUAAUUGUCUCUUCAUCACAGCGUAAACAAUUUCACAGAAUGAGAUUAAAGAGUACUUUAAUUAAAAGAGUGCGAUUAAGCUGAUUUAGUUUUUAUGAAAAAGAGAAAAGGGGUACAGAACUCAUUCUUUAAAAAAUCUAUUGACACACUGAAAAUUAUAUAUUUUUACUUUAGUUUAGAGGUGUGUACAUAAAAAUUACAAGAAUACUUGUGUAUAUAAUUGGAGAUUUUUCUAUUUCUGUUAUGCUUUUUGAGGCUGUCACCUGUGGCCAAUUAUGAGUUAAAAUUCCGUUGAAAAUAGAGAAUAUUUUAUUCUUAUUUUUAUAUCAACAGAAUCAUAAUCACUAUUUUGUGUAAACUUUGUCAUGUGUAAUGUUUGAAUUAACAGUGAGCUUAAAAUAUAGUCAUAUGUUUUUGAUUCAAUAAAUCAAUAAAACUUCAA